UCCUGACUCCUCAGUGAGUUUCUUUCUCCCUCUGCUGCUGUUGUGACGUGGGCGUGCCAUAAAAGUGGGUAGUGGGCGUGUACGGCAAGGGAUGUGGGCGUGUCGGGAAAGCGCCCGAGGCUCGAGCGCUCCGUGGGAAAAGAAGCUCAGAGGGAUUCUGGAGGGAAGAAAAGGAAAGAAAGAAGAAAAAAUCCGCAGAGAGGCGCGCGCGCGCCACGACCAGCUGUGCGCACACCGCUCGCGCUCCGAUCCCUCAGCCCCAGAAACUCGCGCUCGCGCCGACAUGAAGCGGCCCUGUGAGGACACCACAUCCGACAGCGACAUGGACGAGACCAUCGACGUGGGUAGUGAGAAUAAUUACCCCGCCCAAAGCAGCAGCUCUUUUCUGAGAUGUGCUUCUCCCACCACCACCUCGCAGGUCAUGGCCCGAAAAAAACGCAGAGGGAUCAUCGAGAAGCGACGGAGAGACCGGAUCAAUAACAGCUUAUCAGAGUUGCGUCGCCUGGUGCCUACUGCUUUCGAGAAACAGGGCUCUGCUAAACUGGAGAAGGCUGAAAUACUGCAGAUGACAGUAGAUCAUCUAAAGAUGCUCCAAGCUACAGGAGGAAAAGGUUAUUUCGAUUUCCAUUCUCUGGCCAUGGAUUUCAUGAGCAUCGGUUUCCGUGAGUGUCUCACCGAAGUGGCUCGCUACCUGAGCUCGGUAGAAGGACUGGACUCAAGUGACCCUCUGCGCGUUCGCCUCGUCUCACACCUCAGCAGCUGUGCCGCUCAACUCGUCGCCUCAUCCAUCACACACCAUCCUCAAGCCCUGCAUCCGCUCCACCCGCUGCACCAGCUACCCGCAGCCUUUGUAGCACGCGCCACACCAUCGGCCUCCUCCUCGUCUUCCUCUUCAGAGCCACAUCGAUCCUCUUUCUCUCACGCCAGCAGCAUAGCACCGCCGCUCUCUACCUCCCUGCUCUCGCUCUCGGCAACCUUCCCCCUGUCGUUUCCUGCUGGAUUCCCGCUCUUCGCUCCUGGCAUGACGUCGUCGGCGACCAUCAGCCCCUCCAUUUCCAGCUCAUCCACGUCAUCAACGUCACAGCAGAGCAGCUCCGGCUCCAGCUCUGCUAAACCGUAUCGGCCAUGGGGGACUGAAGUGGGAGCCUUCUGAGCUCUGAGACUGUGAACUGUAAACGCUGCUCUUUCAGCCACAAUCAAUUCGACAAGUGCCUGGCUGUGUGUAUCAUUGAAGUAAACCUCAACCUCACCUGGGAGGGGAAAACAGAGUGGAUCAUGUUUUGUACGCAUCACACAUGGAUGAUAGAUUGGUAUUUUCAAUGAAAUAGGCCCAUCGCUGUCUUUUUUUUUCCUUCUUCUUAUCUUUACCCUGACAUUUCCCAUGGAGAAAUACCAUGAUUUUUGUUUCACAUGAAGGGAUGAUGCUGUUCUGCAGGACGGUGUGACCUGAAAUACAACUUAAAACUAAGACCUUACUAACGCCGAAUCAAAUCCAAGCUCAGUAGCGGCUCUCGUGGGAUUUGAACUCACAACCUUCCGGUCACCUUCACUGCUGAGCUACAACUGUUGUACUGAAAUAUCAUGUCUGCGCAUAAAGUCCCAGGAAACUGUGCAAAAUGGUCUAACAUUCUUUAUUAUAUUAAACAUCCAGAAAAGGUUGGAUGAGGAAAAACUAGCAAAACACUUUAACAUGACGAAAAACAAAUUUCAGAAACACACAUCGACAUGAACUCAAAAUGGAGGUUCCUUAUUAAGCGUCACAUUCUUACAGGUGAUUGGACACGGCGUGUGAUUAUGACAAAAAAAAGGCACUUUUUCAGUCUGGUAUCUAGUUAACCUAGUCAAAGCGAUUUAAUGAGACGCUACUUACUUUAUUAUUUCUUUCCUUUAAGCAGGUUUUCAGCUCAUAUUUAUAUUAAUGCCAUGCAAAUUUAACGGCAUAUCUAUAAUAACUAUAAUAACGUCAUAUGAAUGACUUUGAUGAAUAGAAGCACAAAUAGAAGCAUAAGUAGAGUCAUUUAGGUUCAUAUUUCAUCUUACUGUAAACAUCCUUCAACUUUUUUUGUUUCCCACGGUCUCAGACUGACACGCGCUGUAACCAAUCGGCAACGAGUAUGGGACGUUUAAUAAGGACACACCCAUUCCAGUUUACAGUUCGAGUUCAUAUCGAUGUGUUUUCAAGUUUGCUGUUUGUUAAUGUGGUUUGCAUUUAUUGGCCAUGGUAUAUAUAUAAAAAAAUAUAUAUAUAAUAAUAAUAACACAAACCUGCUCUAACACUAACCACUCCAGCUGAAGUAAACCGAUUUAAAGUUGUCUUAUUGGGUGUGGCCUAGUAUUCUAAUGAGCAUGAGUGACACGCCCAGCCUACAACGCCACACCCGUUGGUGCAAGUUUAAUCAGACGCGAAGGACACAGAAAACAAGUUGUUUUUGAAAGCGGUGUGACGACACCGGCCUCGUCAUCGGUGGCGGUUAAACUUACGCAAAUCUAAGCCCCACCCACGUUACAGUUUCUGAGUACAUGUAGACAUACUUGACAUUGUGCCCAUAAGACCAACUUUAACCUUAAUAAACCUUUUAUCAAACACAGAUUUAGUGACUUUAACCAUCAGGAAAAAAAACGUCUGAUUUUCAAAUCUUUUACUUUCACUUAAAAACAAAAAACAAACAAUAAACCAAAGGU